GCCAUCAGCAAUAAAACUGUAAUUAAGUUACUAACAUAAAAAUCACAAAGGACAAUGAAAAGUAAUACAAAACAAACUUACGAAUUAAUGUUAAUCGCAAAAACUAAAUAAUUUAAAGGUGCACAACUGAAAUUUGAAGAAGAAGUAGGAGUGGAGUGAAGAUUUUGUAGUUUUCUGGACCUGCCUUUUAUAGGCAAAUUUUACACCACAAACCACAGGUGGGGGGAGCGGUUUUAGUCUGGCAUGCAGCCCCCACCCCUACAAUCUCCUGCAUGCCGACAUGUAGAAUGUCGGGUGACCAGGCACAAACCGCUGGUGGGGGACCGAUUUAUGUUCGACAUGGUAAACCGCUUCUCUGUGGAGCGUUUUACCAUGUCGACAUGUAACCGCUCCCUGAGAAAGCGUUUUGUCGUAGGGCAUCCAUGAAAACCGCUCUUUGGAAGAGCGUUUUUGCCAAAAUAGGCAAACCGCUUGUUGACCAGGCGUUUUUAUGGUAAACCGCGGCCUGGUUGUGCGGUUUCUAUAUUAACCACCCCUUAGUGGAGCGAUUUUUAAUAAACGAUGGUAUUUUUGAAAAUUCUUGGAAAUGAAUGGUAUUUUUGUAAUUUUUUUUAAAACAGUGAUAAUUUUGAAUUUUUUCCUAAGUCUCUCCCAACAGCAAAUCCAUUUCAGUAUUUAUACCCUCCAUAAUUCACCAUUUCCCAAGUCCCGUUGUCUAUCUCAGAAACCGCUCACAGUUAUUCCUCUAUUUACUUCCACGUGCAACAUCAUGUUCCUCAAGAAUGACCAAAACACCCUCACCCACCCCGCAGCACCAUCAACACAUCCCCCCACUGACCUCAUUUGUAAUUCCCCGCGGAUCUGCUGCCCAUUUUCGUCAACUCCCACUCACCCAUCGUCCCCGCGCCUUCUUCUCAAUCACUCGGUCACUCUCUCUCGAGCCCUAAGCUCACAGACAGAAGAAAGAAAGGGGAAAAAAUUGGAAACGGGCGAAACUAAUCUGAACCAAAAAAAAAAUUCGAAGAAGCAGCAUCAAUGGAGGGCGGCGGCGGGUCAUACAGAGUCGAGACGGAGCGGUGGCUGACUAUCGCCGAGAAGCUUCUCGUCGCCCGAGAUCUCCAGGGUGCCAAGACGUUCGCGGUCCGCGCUCGGGAUUCGAGCCGGGAUUCCGACUCUGUCCUCCUCCAGUACUCCGACCAAAUCAUCGCCGUCGCCGACACCUUGCUCGCCGCCGAGCUCCGCGUCAAGGACCACAACAACGGCACCGAAACGCACGAUUACUACGCCCUCCUCCAGCUCCCCAGGCUGACUCACUCCAUGGACCUAAUCGCGACUCAGUACAGAAAGCUCGCUCUCAUCCUCAACCCUAGCAGGAACCGCUUCGCCUACGCCGACCAGGCAUUCCGCCUCGUCUCCGAUGCCUGGAUGCUCUUCUCCAACCCUCAGAGGAAGCCAAUGUACGACUCGCUCUUGCAGCCCGUACAGCUCGGUCUCUCCGCCGCUCAGUUCGCCGCCAACCAGGGUUUCAUUGACGCCGCCAUGCUGCCACAAUCUCAGGUGAGGAGUUCUACAAUCAACAAUAAUAGCGACGGUUCGAUGGUGGUGGAUCCCGAACCCGUGACGACGAAUCAGUGGGUUCCUGUCUCGACUCAGUUAACGCGACAGUACACUACUCAGGAGCAUCAGUUCACUAACUCGGCCGCGGCAGCCGCAGCCACUGCUACUUUUCCCACUCAGCCUUUCCUUGCCCAACAAACCAGACCAAUAGCUCAGCCAAAGCAGCAGCAGCCUACUAGUACUGAGUCGCCACGACCAACUCAGCCGGUAUGGAUCUCUCAGCCUCCCGCCACUAAGCCAGCGGUAGCUCAGUCCCAACCAUCCAAAGCAACCACUGAAUCAAGCGCAAGCAGGGUUGCUCCACAGCGAGGCACUCCUGAGGCAGUCACGCCGGUUUCAAGCAGACCAGCAGCUCCACAGCAAAGCCCUCCACCUCCAGUGGCAGCCACGCCAGUUUCAACCCGACCAGCUGCUGCUCAGCGAAGCCCUCCAGUGGCAGCCACACCAGUUUCAACUCGACCAGCUGCUGCUCAGCGAACUCCUCCAUUGGCAGCCACCCCAGUUUCAACCCGAGCAGCUGCUGCUGCUCAGCGUAGCCCACCUUUGGCAGCCACACCAGUUUCAAGCCGGCCAGCAGCUGAUACUCCGCAGCAGAAGCAGACGUCGCAGCCUCAGGGGCCAAGUUUCUGGACUGCAUGCCCAUAUUGCUUCAAUCUAUAUGAGUAUCCAAAGGUAUACGAAGAGUGUGCCCUGAAAUGUCAAAGUUGCAAGAGAGGGUUUCAUGCAGCGGCAAUUGCAGCGCCGCCUGUGUCUAGUAAAGAUUCGCACUUCUGCUGUUGGGGUUUUUUCCCACUAGGGUAUUUGGGUGGGAGCAAAGAUAGUGAAUUAGGUGGUAGUAAUUGGUCGCCAUUUUCAGCAAUGUUCCCCACGCCUGUGCAACCUGGUGUGAACUACAAAGUUCCUUCUUCUUCUGCUGUUGCUGCUGAUGCUGGUAAGGCUCCUCCUAGGCCGAAAGUUAUAUACAAAGACGAUGAUUACAUAGACCUUUCUGACUCGAGCGAUGAUGAUUAUUCUGGUGAUGAUAAGUCUGAUUCCGAUGAUGAUGAUUGGGAUAGGACUGUGAAGAAAGCCAAAACAACAACACCACCAGCAAGAAGAGGGAGACCCCCUAGUAAGAAUGUGAAGAAAGUUGAGAGAGGAAGAAAAAGGGCAAUAAGCCGUAAUGUAGAUGGCAGCGGCAGUACUAAUGGUGUUGUUCAAAAUAAGGUAAUGGUGGGUGAAGGGAGUAGUAGUGCAAGGAAGAGCAAAGGGGGAAAGGACUUGGGGAAGUUGGAUUUGAAUGUAAUGUUUAGUAAUGAAGUAGAGGAGGCUGCUGCUGGUGUUAGCAGCGAAGGGAAUGAAGCUACUGCUUCACAUGGUGGGGUUGAAGAUAAUAUUGAAGGGAUUGGCUUUUUCGAAGGGCUCGACGAGUUCCUGAGUAGUUUGCCGAUACUUGUUGGAGAUGAUAAGGUGAAAGCAACCUAGGGUACAUCUGGUGUGGUGCCCCCUUUUGUCUCUCUCCAUUUUGUUGUUGUAAUGGGUUUUCCCUUUGUCCGUGCAUAAUGCCAUAAAGCAUGGAGAGGCCAGAGCCCUAGCUGUUUUGUUUGCAUAUAUGCCUUGUUUGAUAAAUCUAUGUACAUGGUGCUGGCAAAUGUGCUGUAGUAGUAAGUCAAUCUUAUCUGAAUGUGAAUUUCUUUCGUUCGUCAGGGUUAUGGAAUACUAACUUCGCUUGUUGAUUUGACACAGUAGGUAGUAGCCAGGGUGAAGGUGAGUGCGAAACCGUGCUUUAGGGCACUUAUAGCAUUUCAGAAUGGGUGAAAUUGUUUCCCUGUGGAACUGCUAGGCUUAUGCAGGUUGCAGUUAGUCCAGUCUUAAUGCAUGUUGCAGGCAUCGACCAAACCAGAAACGGUCAAUGGUGGAUAGCAACAUGGUCGCUAACCGAGUCUGGGUGCGUGCAUAUGCCAUAUAAUCUGGUAAAAAAGAAUGACCUUGUUGUAUAAGGUUUUCUCCUACUUUAUACCAUUUCUGUUAUGUUUUCUCUGGCCUGGAUGUGCAUAUAUGCUACUUUUUCUGUGUUGUUCUUAUUGCUCUUUUGUUCUAGACUUCUAGUUUGAAUGCCCCCAUAGACAAUAAGAAACUACUUCCAUCUCAUUCUGUGAAUCUUCAUAUGAACAUAACGGAUCAUUGGAAGGUGUUCUGAACAUUGCUGUUCUACAGAGCCUGUUAACCUUUUUGUAGUGUUGCAUAGUUCAUCACUGCUCUUUCUCUCGAGAUGACCUUGUUGGCGCUUCUGUGAGACAUUUGAGAAUAUGGUGUCAAAUGUCUCGUCAAAGUUCGAAAACAAAAAUGCUUGAAACUGAAGAUUGAAAAUGUAAAAUGGGGAUGUCUUUUUUAUUUCAUCACAUGUUCUGCUUUCAUGUUCUUUUAAGGUGGUUGUUGCAGCAGCAGGAUUGUGGAUUUCUUCACUUAAUGGUGUUCUGGUUUUCAGCUUUCAUGCAUGCCUUUGCUUUACUCCAGUUGGGUCAAGUGUGCCUAAUAUGCUGGCUAUGCAACCAAAAUCAUUCGAUCAACAUUUCAUCUGUUAACUCGACCAAGCGUCUUCCCAUCUUGCCACCGCCUCAAGCAUCAACUACGAAUCGUUAGUGAUAGCACAAAGCAGAAGCUCAUUCUCGGAAUUAGAAAGGGUCUGGGUUAAGGUUCGUAACAAAGUGAUUGUUUCUAAACAAAUGGUACAUAGUUUUGCGAUGAGCAUUUAAGCAUUCAACCGUAAAAAAAAAAACUAUGCGAUGAGCAUUUAAGCAUUCAACCGUAAAAAAAAAAAAGUUGCAUUCAACUUUAGAGACCACCAUAAGAAAAGCAAAUGGUUACUAAAAAGAUGGUUUGGGGUCAAAUUUGCUUUGAAAAGAUCCUCAAUCAUAUCCAGCACUCCUCCAUAAGGGGAACUAGCAUAGGGCCCGGCCGAUUGGCCGGUGGAGUUAUAUCUUGACAUUCUAACUUACUAUUAUGUUUGGUUUAUUUCGAAUACUUGAAUGACAUCGUAGAAACUACCCUAUUGUAUGUAGUAAUAGUUGUCUUGUGUUAAAAUGACAGACAUGUACAUUUCAUAGUUUCCAUAUCGUAUUCAUUAAUAUAUGAGCCUUAAGUAAACAUUGUUGGGUUUACUUUAUACCAAAUGAUACUUUUCUAAUUUAUUAAUUUUAAAAUUAAUGUAAUUGAAAUAAAUUAAAUUUUAUAAA